AUCGUGCUGAGAAAAGGGAGCAAGUCCUAGUUUGUUGUCUGCAGACUCUCCAGAACUAUACCCAUUGCGCUCUACCAGUACAAUAGCGGAUGCCCUCGAGGAUGUGAGCUCAAUCUAGGUCACCCGUUCUUUGACGGAUGCGUGGUAUAACAGGCCCACAAUAGAAGUCUGAGAACACAGGAAAAUGUAUUGGCUUGUGAGCUUGCCCCUUUUGGAAUCAGAGGACCGCUCAUGGACCUUGGUCCAGAACAAAACAACCUAUGAAAAUGACUACAGCAUAAAUUUCAAAUUUGCCAUCCCUGACCUCCGUGUCGGAACUCUCGACUCUCUGAUGGUACUCAGCGACGAUCUGGUCAAGGUCAACGCCUUGGUCGAAUCGGUGGUGAACAAGAUCAGGAGGCAGCUCUUUGACAUGGGCUCAGGACGUGCAGAGGACUUCCAGGAGGUGAGCGUGGAGGGAGUCAGCCCUGACCAGUAUCUGGAGAGAUUCUCAUGGAACGAGGCCAAGUACCCACCCAGACGGCCCCUUAGCGAGACAGUGUCAGCCAUCACAGAGACUAUCCAGAGGCUGGAAGAUGACCUGAAGGUAAGGAUGAGUGAGUACAACCAGCUCAAGGGACUUGUCACAGCUGCAGCCAGGAAGCAGACCGGUUCGCUGGCCGUGCGCGACCUCACUGGUCUUGUGAAGGCGGACGAUGCUGUGAACACAGAGAACCUGAUCACUCUCUUCGCGGUUGUCACUAAGCAAGACAAGUCUGAGUGGCUCUCCACGUAUGAGACACUCUCCGACUUUGUGGUGCCUCGCUCAUCAAAGCUGAUCUUUGAGGACCAGGAUUACAGCCUCUUCUCCGUGACGCUCUUCAAGCGGGUGGCAGACAGCUUCAAGGCUGCGGCAAGGAGCAAAGGAUAUCAGGUGCGUGACUACGAGUUCGACCAAGAACUGCAGGAGAAUCAGAGCGAGGCAGCAAAGACCUUGAAAGCCAAUGCAGACUCAAAGCGGUCACAGCUGGAACAGUGGAGUGCCUCAGCAUAUGGCGAGGCCUUUAGUGCCUGGAUCCACAUCUGUGCCAUCCGGCUCUUUGUGGAGAGCAUUCUCAGAUAUGGCCUGCCGCCAAAGUUUCUGGCAGUGCUGCUGAAACCAAACCAGAAGAACACAACAAAGCUGCGGAAGCUUCUGGCCUCCCUCUUUGGCUCGUCUGGUACAAGCCAGUACUUUGAUGGCGAGGCUGGGGCAACCGGUGGGUUGGCUGGCGAAUCAGAGAUGUACCCCUAUGUGUCAUUCACAGUCAGUGUUGAUGGGUGAUCCUUCAGAUAUUGGAACUGUGAAACUCCAGUCUCUUGGUCUUGGGCGGUGUGGCUAUCACGGUUUUUGUGCAACGCGUGAAUAGGUGUGACUCAUCAUGUCGUUGUGCGAUAAACACUUUGCUUCAUAGAAUUCUUAAAGCGAUCACAAC